AUGGAUUACGAUCCCUUCAACUGUCAGGCCACCAUCAUGGGGCCGCCCGACACCCCAUACGAAGGAGGACUUUUCGACCUGAGGAUUGACUUUCCUGCUGACUAUCCCUUCAAGCCCCCGAAGGUGUGGUUCGUUACGCCCAUCUACCACCCAAACAUCAGCGACAGGGGCACCAUCUGUCUGGACAUCAUAGACAAGAACUGGAGCCCAACACUUUCCAUCUCCAAAGUGUUGCUCACCAUCUGCGCUCUGCUGACGGAUCCCAACCCUGAUGACCCGUGGAGGAAGGACAUCGCGGAUAUCUACAAGAGCGACAGAGCCAAAUACGAGUAUUUAGCGCGGGAGUGGACCCAGAAGUACGCCUCGAGCUAAGAGAAGCCUUCCUGAGAGCGAGACUUGAGGUUCUCUGACAUCGAAGUGCGCGAAGAGUCACGAGAAUCUUUUCUCUAGAUUCUUAACACAUCGGCUUUAUGAAUUGUGACUGAUAUAUGUGUGUGUCAUUUGUUCCCUCAGUUGACGAAGUGGUUGGUGUGUGUGGGAAAUAUUAUUUUUAAUGUAUAUUAAUACGUAAAUUACACAUUUAUUGGAAGUUUUAAUUAGAAUUAGCAUUAUUAUGACAUGAUAUUAUUGUUGAGACAAUAAUUACACAUAUUUCAAUAAACUUAAAACUUCU